AUCGCCUUCAGUACUAGACGCGUCGUUAAUUAAAUUACUAACAUGUUUCAAAGAUAUUGCGUUGUUUUCAUAGUUAUUGUUUCCAAUUAUGUCGAAGCUGUGAUGGAUUUUGCCAAUUUGACAAACAGUGCUAAUUCUAAAGUUCUCAUCAAAAAUAAUGACAAGGGCAGCCUGGUUUUUGUGUUCGACACAACUGGUUCUAUGUACAACGAUUUGAGGCAGUUGCGGGAAAGUGCCGAAAUGAUACUGAAUACAGCUUUGGAGGAGAGCAAUAUCAUCGAGGAUUUUGUUUUUGUGCCUUUUCAUGAUCCAGGUGUCGGCCCACCGACAGUGACUCGGCACAAGACCGUGUUCAAAUCCGCCCUGAACAUCGUCCGAGUGUAUGGCGGGGGAGACUGCCCGGAAAAGUCUCUAUCCGGCAUCAACAUGGCGCUAGAAGUGAGCCGGCCAAGAUCCUUCGUUUACGUGUUUACUGAUGCCACAGCCGGAGAUCAUAGACUGGUGGGGAAAGUGCUGGAUAUGGUGCAAAGGAAGCAGAGUCAGGUGGUGUUUGUGUUGACUGGUCACUGCAACGACCUUGAUAAGCCUAGCUAUCUAGUAUACGAACAAAUAGCAGCAGCCAGUUCUGGACAAGUGUUUAACUUAAACAAAACUAAUGUUUACAAGGUUUUGGAAAUGGUAAGGACAACGAUCAGAGGUAGAAAUGUAAAUCUGGCAUCGCGUGUUCUACCAGCGGGAUACAACUACACUCAAGGGAUUCCUGUGGACAGUACAGUGGGUGAAGUGACGGUAUCUGUCUCUGGAUCUAAACCCCAAAUCAAAGUGAUCGAUCCUAAAGGAGAGGAACUAAAAGGGCCCCCUAAACUAAUCACUACUCUGGAUCUUUCCGAGAUUAUGGUAGUGAAAGUCCUGCAGCCAGAGCCGGGAAACUGGAGUAUAACAGUGGGCAGCGAUAGAGAGCAUUCCGUGAAAGUGGUGGGAUUAUCCAAUCUCACCUUCACUCAUGGAUUCUCUGUGAACAAACCCGCUACCAUCAUGGAAACUAGCCAUAGACCUCUUAAGGGCACAUACAACUACAUGAUGAUUUCCCUUAGCGAAACAACCGCUCCCGUGAACUUAGAAUAUGCAGAGAUAUUAAGCCUCACAGGGCAAACAUUGUUCGAGUUACCUCUAAAGGAAGUGGAUAAAACCAAUAAAAUAUAUUUGGCUAAGGCGUUCAUACCGCCAGAUGAUUUCUUCUAUGUAGCGAUAAACGGACGUGUUGAUGAUCAAGAUUUGAGACGUGUGGGUGCUACUGCGGUGCAAGCAAAACUACCAGAUGUUCCAUACUUGACGACACCUCAUAAAUUAUCGGGCCGUAUUCAAGGGCGCGUGUCGCUUCGGUGCGACGUGGAGAGUCUGGUGCCCGUCUCCGUUGUAUGGACACGCGGAUCCGCCAGACUUCAACCGCAGAUCUCUAGCCUACAAAGCACAUCCAUAGAGUACGUGAUAGAACACAUGCGCGAAGAGGACGAGGGAGCAUAUCGGUGCGUGGCACACAACACUGCGGGAGUUAGCUCGGCGGAUACUGAUCUGCAACUGAUAGUCGAACCUCCAUCUAUAACAAUUCGUCCCGAAGACGCGAAGGUAUUGUACGGCGAUCCGCUCACGGUGACCUGUGUGGUCACCAGCGAAGUAAUUCCAGACAGAUUGCAGAUCAUAUUCAAAGGCACUCACCAUUUUGACGACGAUGUUCUAGAUGUAUACGUAACGCCUAAACAAGAUGGGCUAUACAAAUUCAACAAGACAAUAACACAAGUUACCGAGGAUGCGAGCGGAGUUUACACGUGUGUAGCUGUUAAUAAAGCUGGACGAACGACAAAGGCAAUGAAAGUCAACGUUCAAACACAGCCUUUGGUACAAAUUCUCGGCCCGCAUAGUAUCAAAAAGCAAAUAUAUACGGACAUGCAACUCGUUUGCCACGUGGAAAACGCUGAUAGAGUCCAAUGGAUUGCUCCAAACAAUACUGUUGCGAAGGAACUUUUGGUUAAUACAUCAUACGAUGGAAUUUAUAACGUAAAUAAUAUUACACAAGGUGGAAAUUGGACUUGCGUCGGAUCGAGGGGACCUUAUAAAGCGAAUGACGCGAUUGUAAUAGACAUUCUGAUAAAGCCGACAGUCUUGGUAGAAGGGAACAAAAAUAUAACUAUAUUGAAUGGCACCAGUGUCGAUGUGACUUGCUUGGUGACCGCCAGACCCGCGCCGCGCAUCAUAUGGCACAGAGAGACUGAGAACUUUCUAGAUCACUCUGUAACUUCACUGAAUAACGACAGUUACCGCAGCGUUUUGACGUUAGACAGCUCCAAGGAAAUCGUGAAUGCAACCUACUUCUGUAUCGGUGAGAAUUCAGAAGGUAUCGCAGAAGACAGCCUCGUUGUCAAUGUUAGGAGGAAAAUGACUCUGGUCAAUGGAUUUAAAGAUAAAUCGGUGGAGCUUUACUCCCAAGUGGAGCUGAAUUGCCACGUGGAUUGCUAUCCCCGACCAAUUAUCAAAUGGUACCACAACGGCACCGAACUCACGCCCUCACACAACGUACAGAUGUCCGACAACCACUCCACACUGUACCUGAUGAUGGUGGAUUUCGAUAACCUUGGCAUUUAUAAAUGCGAAGCCGAUAAUGGCUAUGAGACCAUUCGUGUCAACGGAACAUUGGCUGUAUUCGGAUUGGAGCCGCCAGUUUUGUCCAAAGAGGCAACGAGAGUCACGCCUCUCAUGGGAACGUCCACAAAACUAACAUAGUGCUGAAAGGCAAGCCAGAACCGUCUCUGACUUGGAAAUACAGGAACGUAUCCUCGGUAGAUUUUCACGAUGAGCUACCAUUCGGAGUAAUAUUAAACGACGACGGUUCUGAGUUAUCGAUACCCAGAGUGGAUCUCAAACAUGGUGGUGUAUACCGAUGUGUUGCAGAGAAUGUUUUGAAUACAGACUCGCAUGACGUGGAACUAGUUGUUCAAUAUCCACCUCAAGUGCUAGGGUCGGAUAUCGAGUCCGCGCAUCAAGUCGGUCCCAUAGAGAAAAUGAAAGGGGAGAAGAUUCGAUUCUCGUGCAAGACCGCGGGAAUGCCCCCGCCUAUGGUCGUGUGGACUAAAGAGCAACGCCCCCUAGCGUAUACCAGUAACAUAUAUCUCACAGACGGCAAUGAUUUGGUGAUAGAUAAAGUGAGCGUAUAUGAUUCCGGACUUUAUACGUGCAGCGCGAUCAGUCCUUUGGGCUCUUCACAGAAGAACUUUACUUUGUUCGUUUAUGUAUCCCCGAGUAUAUUUCCGACUGACAUCGAACCUGAACUCCAAGUGGUAGAAGGGCAGCUAGUACAUUUGCCCUGUUCUGUAUCUGGCACUCCCAGUCCUACCGUAGUAUGGAGACGGGACGACCUCCCUGUAUCCGGUAGGAAACAUAUCGAUGAAACUGGUAUGAGAUUCGUUGCUAAUUUAACAGAUUUUGGAAAUUAUACGUGUUUCACUGAAAAUGAUUAUGGAAAUGCAUCAGUUUCAUACUAUUUAUACGUGUGGGUGGCCCCAUCUGUUCUUCCUUUGGAAGCGUCUAUAACAGCUCUUAUUGGAACAAACGUGACAUUACAAUGCGACGCUGUUGGUUUCCCGAUACCGACGGUCUCAUGGGAAUUUAAACAGACAACUUUAGUGGCGAAUAACACAAAUAUAAGUUUUAACGAAGUUGGUAACUUAUAUAUAAGCAAUGUCAGCGCUCACGAUGAGGGGUCAUACGAUUGCAUAGCAGCCAAUGAGGCAGGAGAGGACAGGAAAACCGUUCGUUUGAAUGUUUACGAACCACCAAAGAUUACAGAACCAGCUGAUGGGAGUUUCGUAGCUACAAACAUGGAUAUGGAACUGGUGAUUGCUUGCAAGGCAACCGGUCGACCUAAACCGUACAUAGCUUGGACAAAAGAUGACUACUAUUUGGACAAUGAUGCAAAUUUCGCUGUGGAGUAUGAUGGCACACUUACUAUUAAAGCGCCAUCUGAAGAGCUGAGCGGUGUUUACACGUGUGUCGCCAAAAAUAUCGCCGGAGAAGCCAACAAGACAGUACCGGUUGAGAUAUAUUCUGUACCAACUCUACCGCAGUCAGAAGAGUCGCACACUAAAGUGGUGGUCGUAGAAGGAACCAACGCUACUGUGGAGUGCCCGCUGCGUGCGUCGCGCAACGACGUUGUCAAAUGGUAUAAGGACGCAAAACUGGUAUCUUCAGGCACCCUUCAAAUAACCAACGUUUCCCGGCAUAACACAUCAGAGUACGUUUGUGUAAUUAAUAACGUAGCAGGUUCUGCCAUCGCUAAAGUCUUAGUAGAAGUACAAUGGCCUCCAAGUCUCGAGAAACAUAUAAAUAAUACGAUAGAUGUAGAAGUCAUCAAAGGAAACGAUUGGUACUUCAAUUGUGCAGCGGAUGCUUUGCCAAGAGCUAAGACUAAAUGGUUUUUCAACAAUCAACCGAUGGUGUUCGAAGAUCGAGAUCGCUUGAGGAUUCUAAACGUGGAUAAGAAACACGCCGGCCUGUAUCGGUGCCUCGUCACCAAUCCCCAUGGGACUGUCUCCAAUACGUACAAUUUAAAAGUACUGGUUCCUCCUUACAUAUCGGAAUUCGACUUUCUCGAAGUACAGCUGAAGGAAAAUUCUGAUGCCACCUUAGAAUGCAACGCUAAAGGGUACCCUAUUCCUGAUAUCAAGUGGACUUUUAACAACUCCAACUGGAAAACAGAGGGUUCCACUCUUAUAUCCCACAAUAUAUCUAAUGAUUUCGGUGGAAUAUUUCGCUGUACCGCUUCCAAUAAUGCCGGUACUUCUGUUCUCACUUAUAAAGUGACCGUAGUUUCUGCUGCAAAAGUAAAUGAAAUAGUCGUUUACACCCAGGGAGUGGGUGAGACUGUUCUUACUCGGGCUGAUGUUAAGCAAGGUACCCGUGUCAGAAUCUCGUGUAAAGCGUUAGGCCAACCUGUACCCAAAAUACAGUGGAUUAAGAGUGGAAAUGUCUUGAGCGAGAACAAAUCCAACAUAAGUUACGCGGAUUUUGUGUUAGAAGACAUUCGAACCAUACAUUCUGGGAUAUAUUCUUGCGUUGUGCUAAACGAAGGCGGUAUGGAUGAAAAGAAAUUCAGGCUGGAAGUCUUGGAACCACCAAAAAUAUUCAACACGCUUUUCGAGACCGUUAAUCCUUCUAACGACGUAGUUAACUUAGAAGUUCUAUCGGGACAAUCUUUUUCGAUGCACUGCCAUCCGUACGGUAACCCAAUACCAGAAGUGUAUUGGUUCAAGGACGGUCUUCCACUAAGAUUGUUCGACGACAGUAUGGUCUCUACGGACUUUGGUGAGGUGAUCGUGGCAAAUAAAGCUCGUUACGAACAAUCUGGAAAUUAUACAUGUGUCGCCAGGAAUAGCGUUGGGAACGCCAGUUUUGUAUAUCUCGUUGAUGUUUUGGUUCCUCCACCGAUCCCUAAAGACAGUGUAAGAGUUACUACGACUAGAAUAGGCCACGUACUGAACCUGACUUGUCCGGUGGAGGGCAGCCCUGCGCCCGUCGUCACGUGGCUGCGACAACCCUACGAAGAGAUCGGUCAGAAUACGCCGAGAGUUGAACUACUCAAUGACAACGUCACGUUGCUCAUUAACAACACCGCAGUCUCGGACAGCGGUAAGUAUUCCUGCGUGAUGACCAACAAAGUAGGCACCACCGAGAUAGUAUUCGACGUCACUAUCGAGAUGGCGCCGUCCAUCGCCGGCAACGUAGGCAAAGAUAUAGCAGAGAACCACGUGGUGCCUUUGAUGAGGAGCGUUGUACUGAAAUGCGAGGUCAAAGGACACCCCGCGCCUUCGAUCACUUGGUUGAAGGACACGCAACGCAUCCCGAACGACUCGUCCAACAUCCAGUACGUAUUAGGCAGCAGUUUGCUCGGCGUAUGGAGAGUGACGAGCGAAGCCGCGGGGCAAUACGUGUGUGUGGCCCAGAACAAUGCCGGUGCUGCCCAUCGCCGGUACAACGUCGCCGUGCAAGUGCCGGGUAAAUGGAGCACUUGGUCCUCGUGGAGCUUCUGCAACACCACGUGUGGGCCGGGAUACCAGCAUCGCAGUCGUAUCUGCCAGUACAUCGAUGACGAUAACGUUACUUACGACAAAACAACUCAAUCGCAAAAAGUCAUUUUGGACAUGUCGGAAUGCAAAGGUUCUGAAGUUGAUAAACGCAGAUGCAACAUGCCACCGUGCGAGGAACCGGUUGUAGCUCGAUGGUCAACGUGGUCACCAUGGUCUAGUUGUUCGGCGUCGUGUGGCAGCGGAACACAGGCCAGAACCCGGAAAUGUAUGACCACGCGACCCUGCUACGGGACCAAUGUACAGAUAAGGAAGUGUCCUAAAUUACCCAAAUGCGAAGGCAACGCUGAGAAACGUGACAUAGAAGCUUCUAGCAUUGAGGAGACCACAGACACGGAUCCGUACAUGCCUGCAGAAGUGUAUGAAAUGCAGCCAGAAGUAAUAAGCAUGCAUAGAAACAAGAUCCUCGAUGUCGAAGAAUUCGGAACUAAGCCAGCUAUUCCGUCUGCAGUAUUCUACGAUGUGAACGUAAACAAUAACUUAGACUUCAGCGAUCCGGGCCCCUGUAAUCCGGGAUUCACGCACAAUGGAAUCACCAACACUUGCGAUGACAUAGACGAAUGCGGCAUAGAGUACAACCAGUGUCACGUGAGUCAAAUGUGUGCCAACACUCUGGGCGGGUAUAGAUGUGGCUGUGCUCACGGAUACGCGUCCCUGGGGGCUGGACAACGGUGUCUGGAUGUGAACGAGUGCGAGCAAGAGGUUGACGGGUGCGAAUUCGCGUGCGUUAACGUUGCGGGCGGUUACGUGUGCGCGUGCCCCAGGCAUCUGCGAUUACAUAUAGACAAACACCAUUGUGUUUCUCCUUCAGAAUACCGUCUACCAAUGUUCGAGGACCUCGAUACAGGAGAUUAUCUCAGUGCCACGAUUGACUUAUCAACCAAUAAUAGAAAGGGGCGGGGUUAAGUUGAAGAUAAACUAAUUUUGUUAGUAUGUUAUAAAGAUGUAAUAAUCAACUGUUUUAUUUAGAUGUAAAUAUAUUUUUCCUGAAUG